UGAAGCGGACCUUUGUGGGAGCAAUUGUGUUUCCGUGGCGCGGAGGUAGAUCUCUAUUUGUGAGUGUGGAGCCCAUUGAAUUUGUGUUGAAAGCGGAAUAAUACGGUCAUAUAAAUAGUAGAGAAACGGAUAUUACCGGGCGCGUCUAAUUAAUCAGCCGUUUAAUGCUUAUUUAGCAACAUACGGAUUAGAUUUUACUUAGUCAAUAGGGUUUUAUAUGAAAAAUAGCAUAUUUUUACCUGGAUGCACGAAGUAUUGUGCAUUUUUUCUUUUCUCAUUGGGACUGUAAAUUACGCAUGGUUGAUAUUUUUGCUCAUAUUUGGACGUCCACGUAUUCAUUUAAUCUUUUAUGACUUGUGACUCAAUGAAAACUAUAUUUUGAAACUGACUUUUUUUUGUUUGUAGACCACCGAGUGGAUAUUUUAUUCGCCUUUAAAUGAGAUACUCUCCCAUUGCCAAUGCCACAAAACUGCGUCUUUUUCUACGAACCAAGAGCUGUAAAGAAACGCAAGACCCCAUCUCUGUGAAUACUGCGCGUGCUGCAUCAUCUCAUUCAAAUUGCUGUCAGCCAAGAGAGGGGCAACAAUAACUUCGAACGGUUAUUGUGUCACAUUUCCUUCAGUCUCCGCAUCAUUUUCCACAGAUUCGAAGCGGGCAGCUGUUGCAACACACGCAGUGAAAAUCCAAGACUUAACAAAGGAAAACAGAAGCCAAGACAAAGAGCCAUCAGCCUGGAUGAAAACGACUGGAGUCCUGGCCAGGAAUAAAAGUCGUCAUCUUUUCUAAAGCAGAUGAACUAUAACAGUUUUUUUUUUAAACAGCUUUUUGAAAGGAUGUUGAUUUGCACAGAUUGAAGAUUUUCUCUUUGACUUUUUGCUACCGAAACCAGUGCCAAACACUAACCAUGCAAACCAGAAGCAAGAAAUUAUUUCACUAGUAUUUUUGCAUUCCUCUUGAUCCAUUUAAGCUAUUGAAACUCAAUUUACACCAACAUUAGUUCACAAUUUUUACCUUAUCUUCACUAUUAGUAUUUAAAACUUUAAUAGCAUGUAAUGGUUCCCAAGGUGGAAAGUUUAUAUGUCCAUCACUUAGUUUAAGUCAAAAACAACCAGCAGCUUUUGAUCCCCAAAAUAGGGAGAACAGUGCAUUAUUGGUUAAACAUGCUUUAUGUAAGAGUGACCGAUACGAAUGCAUUAACCUGAAAAAGUUUGGCUCCUGAUCGUUUGAUCGAUGGAUGGAUGGAUGAAUGGGUUUAUGGAUGGCUGGCACAAGCCUCAUUAAACUUUCUAAAGUGAGCUGCUGCUAAUUCUGUUGAUAAGUCAUCUGUUCCUCUCACUAAGGCCCAUUUAAAUCUUCCUCACCAUCAGAUCUCUUUAGUCAUCCAUCUUGUUUGCUUCUCCUUCCUUUACGGAAUCUGCACAUUUAGAGCAGAACCCUGAGAAAUGUCUGAAGGGUUUAGAUACUGAAGCCAUACUUCUCAUAGCCAUACUAACGUCAAGAUCCCUGCCAUCAUUGCAAGGAUUCGGCUUGGUCAUUCGGAAAGAUCAGGUGCAUGGGGAUAUUCAGGAAUAUCUUCAGAGGUGUGCAUGUUCAAUGGUGGUCCAGGUUUGACGUUCCGUAAUCUGCCAUACUCACCAGCCAGCCAUUGACGCGUUGACUGUCUUGACAGUGGGACGACGUUUAAAGUUGUCACAGUACUUGAAAAAUCGAUUUUUAACACUUAGGAUAGGCCUUCAGUGUGUCUGCUUGACGAUAUCCACGUGUUCCACAUUGUCGGAUGAAUCCUGACUUCAUGCCUGUUCAGUGGGCUCAACCAUGCUGUCCUGCCAGAACUGGGCCCAAGCCCCCAUUCGUUUUAUUCUGUUGGGCUGAGCUAAAUCCAGAGCAGAGACACUCACGCAAGAGGGUCCAACACACAUAGACCCUCAAACUUUUUCAAGUUCAACCUUCCAUUUUCUCUCUUCCAUUCCUGAACACUUCUUCCUCUCUGGACUUGUGUCAUCAAACCAGGAACUAAUAUAUACCUGCUGCUUGUUACGCUUUGUGAGUGCCCUAACCGACCUAUCCUCUUCUAAAGCCUUUGUAAUGAUCCUUUGUCCCAUGGUGCCGCCUGUAGAGAAAAGAUCAGCUCUUCCCCAUUUCUGAACACUUGCUCAUUCAUUGCUUCAUCCUACCUUUAUCUCUAGCCUCAAUGACUUCCUUCUGAAACUCGAAAAGAUUAAGUACUUGACACUGUUAACCUGAUUAUGUGGACUGCACAACAGAACCUCAGUGACCUUGAAAGGUAUUCUUGUUAGUCUCCCAAGACAUUCUUAUUGAAAAGCAGCAACCAGCUGAGAUUUGUUUACAAGACAACAUCAGUUCUUGGAGCUGACGAUGACAAUUGUUUACAAGUCCAUGGAAUAGCUGAGGACUAGUAACUGUUUCUUUCAAUACUGUUGUUUAGUGAGUUGACAACUGAAGUGCCAACUAGAAUAGAGAACAUUUGGUGAGACAUAGUUUACACUCGAACAGAAAUGUUUACAUGUUGCCCAUAAGGUGAACUCAGAUUAAGUCUUGAAUGAAUUGUUAGUGCCAUAGAUCAGUUCAGUUACACAGACUUAAACAAACCACCUUUAAGAUAAAGCUGUACCCAUGACUUCGACACUUUAAAAGGUUUACAUCGUUAAAAUACAUUUUGUUUACCGGACUAAAUUGCUUGCAACAAAAGUCAAGAGUCAUAUAUUUGUUCCUCUUGUUUUUCAUUUGAGCCAUUUUCAUAUAUUUAAAGCUGUUGUUUUAUAGAACUUGUUCAUCAAGAAUAUUCACCUUAAGCAUAAAACGUGUAUAUAGAUUUACCUCAUUCUUUUUAAUAAUUUCCUCAGAAAUAUGUUUACACCCUAACUGAGAGUCUCAUACUUUUUUCUUUAACCCAGACUCCCGCACUUGGAUGUGCAUUUUGCAUAUUAAAUAAUUUGCAUACUAGUGUAUGCACACGUGAAAGAGAGAUUAACUACAUGUCUUAUAUAUUGCCACACUGACUUGCAACUUUUGAUAGACAUCAGCUUUUUCUAGGCCUCUGAAGUCUUUUGUACUAAGGCUUCACUUUUUUUUUUCAUCUUUGAUAAAAUAAAGUCCCUUGUAUCAAGAUGCCACCUGCUGCCAUCUUGCUUUUCUUCCUUUUUGGCCCUGUGGUCUCCACAGUGACUAUUACCUCGGAACGCACCUCCGUGAAUGGGGGCCCGGUGCUGGUUCUGUUGCGAGGACGCAACCGCAAGUUCCCUCAGCCCGAUGUGCGGGGCAAGGAGGCCGCUGCCAUGGCAGCAGAGCCAGAGGCAGCCGAGAUUCCUCCGAGACCCCUGCCGCAGAUUAUGCUACCGCGUAACGUGACGGCCGAUGCCCUGAAGCCUCCGCUGGGUGCCGCUCAGGUUGCCCCUCCUCCUCGGCGACUGGUGGACGUGGACGUGUGUCAGGGCUACUACGAUGUGAUGGGUCAGUUUGACAACACUUUCAACUGCACCAAGGGCACCUACAUUUACUGCUGCGGCACCUGCCAUUAUCGCUUCUGCUGCGAGCACCAGCGCAGCCGUCUAGACCAAGACUCCUGCACUAAUUACCGCUCACCCGAUUGGGCCAUCACGGCGGGACCCAUCACCCUGCCUCCCAUCCGACACGACCCAGAUUUCGACCCACUGCAGCAACAGAGCAACAACACGGCUUACGUCAUUGGGGGAGUCAUCUCUUUUACCAUGGCUGUGGCCAUUGGGGUUAAAGUGGCCUUCCAUAAACUGUCUCGACGACCGAGGAACAGAGACAUCAACAUGCCUAGAGGGCUGGUGGACAUUCUGCGUCACCAGUCCAGUCCAGUCCAGCAAGGAGAGAGGAACAACAGCACGGUCCUCACAACCGCCACCUCCAGUGAGGGCACGCUGGGGCGGACGUCGAAAAACUUCUACGCUCCCAUCCUCCAGAGCAAAGACAACCGGACUGGGAAACACAGUUUUGGCCAGACUGGGUCCAGUCCUAAACACACAGCUACUAUCGAGCGAGUUCCACGCAUGAACAACACCCAGAUGGUCUCCACAGGAACACUGCUGUCCAGCAAGCACAAUAAUUCUGGCUUUCACCCGUCCUUCUCUCACUCCUUCCACAACCUUGCCCAGCUACCUCCAUCAUACGAGACCGUCAUGAAACCAGAGCUCAACCGCUACAGUUCCCUCAAGAGACUAGAGAAAAACUUGGAUGAAUAUUCUGGAUAUUACACCUCCAGGCGAAGGCCAGACAAUGCACCACCCAGCUUCCACUCCUCCCAGCACCACCUGCCCUGGAGUGGUGACUCAACACUGGGUGGCCGAGGUACCCUCCCAUUAAACACUUCCCGCACGCGCAUCCACAUGCCCAGUUCCACUUCCACCCCCAACCCCUACCCAUUACCCCAGACACAGUACAAUCCAACAUUCGAGACGAUGAGUAAACCGCCUCGCCGGGUGAUGUCCCAAGACCAGCUUCUGGCACUGGUGGAGGGAAACACUCUCUCACGCCUCUCCAAGAACCAGCAGCAUCAGUAUUACAAACCCAUGACUACCAGCAAGAGCUCCAACACCCAGACAUUGCGCAAGUCUCACGAACGCCUCCUGGUGUCUCCGGACCGCUUGGAGGAGCGGAUGAUGGGUGAUUACGGCGGUAUGGUGCCCACCAUGUCCCGUCUCACCCACCACCAGAAAGCGCAAUCCCAGCAGAACGUGUGUGUGACGCCCUCGCUCGACCGCCAUCACAUGAUCAAAAUGAAUUCGCACCCUACCUCCGGCCGUGAGCAAGACCACACGGUCGCCACUAUGUCCUCUGGUCAUGGGGCUGGGACUUCGGGAUGGGGGGAGGUCCAUGGCUCUGGAGGAGGACCUGGAGCAAUGGCACACAGCGCUCGACGGAUGGCCUUCGCCACGAAACGCCAAAACACCAUCGAACAGCUGCAUUUCCUCCCCGGAGGAGGUGGGGGAGGGAGCGGAGGCGGUGGCGGUCAGGCACUGAGGACGGGGAGCAAGAACGAAGUAACCGUUUGAGAGCAAAAAGAAGGAUAGUAAGGAGAUGAUGGAUAGAUGAGGUGUGAUUACACAAGCCGAAGGGUGGGAAGUGUAAAAAAGGCUGAUGACAUAAACAAAGAAUGGAAAGGAGGAAGGUAAUAAUAAAGUGGUCAGAAAUUAGGCCAAUAUGAAGGGAAUACACAAUGUAUUGUCAUUGAGAUAAAGAGGGAUGUAAAAACUAUAGCAUUAGUGUUUCCCUAGAUCCCUAAAUUGCCAAAUUCUCAAUAAAUAGAAAUGUGAAGAAGGCCCCAGGUGUCCUCUGACCUGUGAGUAGCAAAUAGAGUUUCCAUGGCAUGUCUAUUUAGACAUGAUCUGAGGAGAUACCAAAAGGAAAACAUUCAUUAUUAGAAUAGGCCAAGUUUUCUCUAGUUAGUACAUUCCAGCUGAUGUAAAAAGAAAUUUGUUUUGGGCAUUAGAUUGAUUUAUGAAUCCAAUGAUACAAAUGUUUGGUUUCAUUCUCAAAGAGGUGUCACAUUCAUCAGUAAAAUAAAGGGAACAAUGAGAUUUACGGGAUGAAACUUGACACUGAAUUAUCUCACGGAAACAAUGAUUUGACCAGUCUCAAAUCCUAUCUGACUUGACUUGGGAGUGGAUUAUGACUUUGGGAGUAUUGUGCACAUUAAGCAGUUUGCCAUCAAGUGAAAGAAAUACUGGUAACUCAAGAAGAACUUGAGGACUUGAAAAAUGUCACUCGUUUUGUGACCCGAUUCGUUAGUCUGCACUGUUAAUGUAUAUCCAAAUGCCAUCAGCCAUUUUAGAGCUUAUUCAUAUGGAGUAUAAUGGACAAAAACAUUUCCAUUGGGAGACGGGUGUUAUAUUGAUGAUCAGUGAUUUUUAGCCUCUUAUACUGAGACUGUGAAUCAAAGCUGACAAGAAUACAUUUUUUUUCAUUGUGGAAAACAUUUUGGCUGUUUUAUGAUAUGAUCAAAAGGCUGUCAUAUUGAUGGGUAAAUCAGGUCUGGACUAAAAAUGCUUGAGCAGACAGAGAUUUGGAAAUUUAAUCUGAUAGAAGUCAUGCCUCUUUGUUGCAUGUUUGACCAAUCAGAGAACAGCUUUGUAUGACGUCCUGGAGUCGUUACAGAUGUUCUGUUAUUUAUAAGCAUUAAGAACUGAGAUUUAAUCAUGGGCAUGCAGUAAUGUCAAAUAAGACAGCAUACUUUUCACACUUAAUUUGCAACUCAAGCUGUUGUAUAGAGGGGUGAAAGGGGAAAGGGUUUGGUUAUACGGUGGACAAUUUAAUCCAAGGGCUAUUCUGAAACUUCAUGUGUGUCUGUGCUUCCAUGUUCUAAUGGCUUUUUAUCUUUUCCCGUGACACAGCUGUGCGUACCAUAGGCUAUAUGCCAAUGAGUAUACAAAACAAAAUGUGCAAAGCUACUUCAAACACUCUGUGUCACACUAAGAUGCAUUAAUAUCUAACCGAUGAGUUAGGAUUUAGGAUUAAAAGGUAUCUUGUUUAUCUAUAUUAUAUUCGAGGAAAAAAAAUAUAUUUUUUUUUGUUUGCAAUUUCUGUGUUUUUCAGCUGUCUCCACAUCAAAUGGACACUGUUGUGGUGGAAUGUCUGAGAACGACCUGGCUGAGAAAGAUUACUGGGCCAUAAUAUAGCAUUUUAGAUCACUCUGCAAUGUUUAAGCUUUUAUUACCUUUAACUGAAUUUAAAUACGUUAAAAAAGGUUAAAAAAAAAUCUAUUAAAUCCUGAAUGUUCAAAUAUGUACACAUGCCUAUAUAUAUAUAUAUAUAUAUAUAUAUAUAUAUAUAUAUAUAUAUAUAUAUAUAAUAAAUAUUAAUUAUAUUCUUGAUUCUAAACAUUUUGUUUAUUUUCUCUGUGACUUAAGAAAUUGUUUUUAUUCUUGUUUUCUGUUUAUAUUUGAGUUUCCAGUGCAUUCUAACCUUUGUAACUCGACAAAAAAAGCAGAUGCAAUCAUAGUGAAAAGACAAAACGCAUGAAGAUGUCAAAGCCAGUGUUGAUGAUGUCAUAUCGCUGACUUCUGAUGUCAAGGAGUGUAUGUGUCCAGUUUGUGUGUCUGUAUUUGUGUGCUUGUGUGUAUUUCAGUGUCUAUUUUGGAAUGCUUUAUCUCGCAUUUCAUCUGACUUUUGCCUUGUGUGAAGUCGGAGAAUGUGCAUUUCAGAAAACCCAAAAUAUAAUUAAAUUUUUCAAGUGAGUGUCCCUUUGAAAAAAUUAAAAAUAAGAAUGAUAAUAUUAAUAAUAAAAAACAUUUUCCAUUGCUGAAUUCACCAAAGUUACAGAAAACAAAAUAAUCACAAGAGUAUUUAUUAUUAUUAUUAUUUUUAUUUUUUUUGCCAUGAGAUACAUAAACCUUGUAAAUUUUCUGGGGGAAAAUACCAAAAUGCCAUGCAUAAAAUAUUUACUGCAAAAACUUUAAUUAUUAUUAUUAUUAUUUUUAAAUAAAAUCCUGAUCAUUAAGAAAGACAUGUCCUGGAGAUUGAUUUGUACUUGUGUGUU